AUGGUUCUGAUCCACUUUCGUACGCUUCUAACUCACUUUGCUACUCUUCCUUUCCAAUUUCGUACGCUUCUACCUCCCCCUCUCCUACCCUCCUCACCUACACCUCACCCCUCACCUACACCUCCCCUCCCCCUCGCACCCGAGCGAGAACCCGCUGCCGUUCGAUCUUGCGGGCCGGGUUGGGGAUUUUUGCUGACUCGGGUGGCGGUGGACGAGUUUAGUGAUGCCUCGCUCCCUCGUCACUAUCUCGCUCCCUCGCCCGUCUACGAAGGGAUUACUGACGUUGUAUUGCAGGGAUAUCUACGCGUCUACGUGCGAGGGGGCUACUGGACCGACUACGAACGAGGGGCCUACUCGACUACGUGCGAGGGGGCUGGUCGACUACGUACGGGGGGCCUACUCGACCACCUCCGCUACCCCACGACAACUGCCCUACCCGACCCCCCACGUCGCACGCGACCGGCCGACGUUGACCCGCACACCCCCCGCGCGGACCCCACCCCCUGCGCAGACCCGACCCUACCCGCUGCCGACUCCGACUGGGACCGCACCGAAGAUGCCUGACUCCCUUCGACUAGACGUCUGAACCCCUUCGACCAGAUGCCUGACCUCCUUCGACUAGACGUCUGACCUCCUUCGACCGACGACUGACCCCCUUCGACCGACGACUGACCCCCGCCGCGCUUAGUAAUCUCGGCCGCGCGGGCCGUCGUGCUAGAAGGGGGAAGGGAGAGGG